ACGAGAUGAAAAAACAAAGACGAUUUUAUACAAAUGUGGCUAUUUGGUGCUUGCUCAAGACGGUUUUGACUACGUUUGUUUAACUCCGCCCGACUACUGUCGUUAGCAACGUACCUCACUGAAGUUUCUCAAUAAAUGGGUAUAUUGUUUCUAAGACACACACGAUGGGCUUAACAUUGUCAACAGUUUUCACCCGUUUGUUUGGUAAAAAGCAAAUGCGCAUACUGAUGGUUGGCUUGGAUGCAGCUGGUAAAACUACCAUACUUUACAAGCUAAAACUGGGCGAAAUCAUCACUACCAUCCCGACAAUAGGAUUCAAUGUUGAGACGGUCGAAUACAAAAAUAUUGCAUUUACAGUUUGGGAUGUGGGUGGUCAAGAUAAAAUCCGUCCUUUGUGGCGACACUACUUUCAAAACACCCAGGGACUGAUAUUUGUCGUAGAUUCUAACGAUCGAGAAAGAGUAGCAGAAGCAGAACGAGAGCUACACAACAUGUUGCAAGAAGACGAUCUCAGAGAUGCUGUAUUGUUAGUAUUUGCGAACAAACAAGAUCUUCCUAAUGCAAUGAAUGUAUCGGAUCUCACAAACAAACUUGGACUGAAUCAACUUCACCAGAGAAAGUGGUACAUUCAGUCUACGUGUGCAACUCAAGGCAAUGGUUUAUAUGAAGGGUUGGAUUGGCUGUCAAAUGAACUAGCCAAAUAAAAUAUAGCACAUUGUGCCAACUGUAACAUCCUUUAAUCAUUGUUUGAGAUUAAUUCAUUUAUAGGUUUGAUCUUAAGAAAUUAAAAUAUUUUAUUAUUUAUUUACUUCCUUGUUUCUAAGGACAUUAUUUUAUUAUUGGGAUAAUAUAGUACAGCAUUUAAUAAAUAAGUAUAAAUCAUAUGAACGGUGUAAAAUGUAUAACUCUAACACAAACACAAAAAAUUAAAACGAGAUCAUUUUGUUGAUGUUACUUGUUAUGUAAUAUUUACUUAAAAUAAAAUUUAAUAUUACCUUUUUCAUUCAAUUUUGCAUGCAUGAAUUGUUAUUACAAACGAUGUUUAUUAUGAGAUAUAGUUAAUACUACAAUUUAUUGGAUCCAAUCCAUUUAGAAUAAUUUAAACCACCAAUUAAUGGGCCUUUGAAUUGUUAUUUGAGGAGUUGGUUAAUGGUUAUACUAAUACACUCUAAUUUAUUAUUUUAUGAUUUAUCGCAAUAAUAAACUGCCAACAUUUGUACGAAACA